AUGCAGGUACCUUGCGAGUUAAGGUCUGGUUUGGAGACGUAUCGUCUCAAGUCUGUGUUGGGAAACGAUAACGGUAGCGUCAUUUAUUGUGCGCAGAAUAGUAAUGGCUCGAACCUUGUUCUGGUGGAAACGAACAAGUUGCUUGCAGCCAACCAGAAGAAGCAGCGUCGGGAUGGAUACAAGGAUAGAUUUUACGAUGAGCAGCGCACCCGGACGUUUACUGUGUACGGACAGGAGUACUUGAGUAUGGAAGGUGACAAUUACUUUGACUAUUCUACUGAUGACGUCUCGUCUUCUGGGUCACGUGACACGUACGAUAGCGACCAUAGCAGAAGUCCUGUUGGCGAUGCGAAGGGCCAAGGCGCGGGCAAGGGCAAGGGCACGGUCGGGCAACUAGAGGAUGUUGCUGGGGACCAGCACAUUGUGUUUAACGAUAGUGCGGAAAUGAAGCCGUGUAAUAAUGUGCUGGCGAGACUGAAAUGUAAACAUGUUAUGCGGACUCCGAUGCAGAAGAUCUCGCGUCCAGAGGAAGAAGAAGAAGAGGACGAUGACGAUGAUGAUGACGAUGAUGACGAGGAAGAUGAGGACCAGGAGGAGGAGGAGGACGAGGACCAGGAGGAGGAGGACGAUGACGAUGACGAUGGCCAGUCUGGAAGCCUGCCAAAAUUUAAAGGCUACGAGCCAACAUCUAUUUUGAGCAAGUCUACGGAUGCCCAAGCCUCGAUCAAUAUAGCAGAAGCCUCGCAUCCCAAGGCUAGCAACGAAACAAAGAAGAGAGCUAUGAGUUUCCCAAGGACUCCAAUUCCAAAGGUCUUCUCCGAGUCAGAGCAAAGCGAGGAGGAGGAGGAGGAAGAAGAAGAAGAAGAAGAAGAAGAUAUUGACGAUAGUUCUUUGGAGAUGAAACGGACCGUCAAGAAAAAACUAAACGAUUCCAGAGAAUACAUUACAAAAUCGCUCAAGGAUGACGAUGACGAUCUAAGCGAAUUCAGUUCGACAAGCAACAUUAACCAUACCGGCGGGGACUCCGCAACUGACAUAAAUUUCGUUUCCCCAAGCGUUUUCCUGAGCGAAAUACCACACAGAAGACCAGUAGAGAGCAGGUUCCAAGUACGACACGUCGAUAGAGUGGAGGACGAACCAGUUCGGCCUUAUCCACGCCCCUCGUUCUUGGAACACGUAAGAAGAAGUAGUUCUAACAAUACCAAUACUCACAUACCAGAAUCAGAUAACUCAUCGAGAAACCGUUCUAAGUCAUUGAAUACCAAGUGUGGCAUGGAACUCAAUUUCCAUCUUGAUAGUUCCAAAAUGUUGAACAGAAGGAAAACAAAAGCCUCUCUGGAAAGACUCACUUAA